CCAUCAAGUUCUCUGGCCAAAAAUGAACCAUGUACCGCAUUACCUGUACAUGCACAAUACGAUGACGCAAUCCGUGCAUGAGUCAUCGUGCGGCUGCAAAACUUCUUUCACGAUCCUCUCGAUCUUGGCAGCUUCACUUACCUUGCGGUCGAUGGUGGGCAUGAAUUCCAUCACCAGGAAAAUUGGAAAGAUCAUGGGAACGAGCGGCUGGGCUGAUGCCGCGGGAAACAAAUAUUCGUGGAAUCGAAUCGAUCACAGAGCCGGCGACCGGCGCAAGAACCAUCCAUCUAGCAAUUUCACGAUAAGGCACCAAAUUGAUUCCCACGAGGUAUUCGAUGAGAUGACGAAUAACGGUGAGACAGAGGACGAGAAUCACAGUGAAAACGCGCAUCAAUAACGACUCACCCUCUCUGGAUUUAGUGGAGUCUGAUAUAAUCGAUGGAUACCGCUUUCGAUACGUUCUAUCAUGCCUCCGUCAAUACUGCGCGAAUACAUUUCUCUGUACAAUACAACAUCGCGAUGUCGUCCAUUUUAUUUAACCUACCGCCACCAUUCCCCUUUACAUCGCAUUUCAUUCUGUUUGCUUUUCAUAUAAUUAUUAUGCUCAUGCUACGAAUGUUUACCAAUAACCGAAUAUCGAGUAUGGUUUCUUUUUCGAUUCAUAACAGUUAUGCCAAUCGUGAACUCUUGUCAAAUUGGAAAUGAAGAGGUUAGCUUUUUCAUUUUUAUUCGUUUAAAUGAGUCGACGAAUUGAUUGGAAGUGAUAGUGAAAUCUUUAAAUGAAGUGAUUAAACGAAGAUGCAGAAUUUAAAUGCGUAAUUUGUGCGAAUGAUAAUUUUGAAAACAAGAACGAACUGGAUAGAACUCGAAAACGGACGUGUGAUUCGAGAUAUAAAAUGCCGUAUCAAAAUAUUUUUAAUUCAUUUCUAUUUCGAACAGUCUGAUAGAGAUAAGUGCGAGACGAUUCUCUUGUUCCGUUGAUAACACGUUUUUAUAACGUCGUUUCCGUAAUAAGAGUCCAUACCCGAUAUAUUUGACGACGUAUCGUUGUAUCGCGAUGAAACAUAUAGACAUUCUGCUUUUACGUUCAAUCGUUUCUUUUUUCAAUUUCUCAUUGAACGACGAGAUAAAAUGUCUCCAUUCGACAGAAAUCAAUUUAAAUAGUUUUUUUUCAAGCCUU